CGCGGGUCCGCGGAAGGCUCGGGGACGCGCAGGGCGGCGGGGGUCUGGGCAUGAAGCUGGGCCGGGCUACACUGGGCCUGCUGCUGCUGGCGCCGCUGACGGUGCGGGCGGUGGAGCCCAUCAGCCUGGGACUGGCCCUGGCCGGCGUCCUCACCAGCUACAUAUCCUACCCGCGACUGUAUUGCCUUUUCACCGAGUGCUGCGGCCAGAAGCGGAGACUUAGCCGGGAAGUGCUGCAGAAGGAUCUGGACAGCAAGCUCUUUGGACAGCACCUUGCCAAGAAAGUCAUCUUAAAUGCCUUGACUGCCUUCGUAAGCAACCCGAAGCCUAAGAAACCUCUCACCCUCUCCCUCCACGGGUGGACUGGCACUGGCAAAAACUUCGCCAGCAAGAUCAUCGCGGAGAACAUUUACGAGGGUGGAUUGAACAGUGACUAUGUGCACCUGUUUGUGGCCACACUGCACUUUCCACACGCCUCCAACAUCACUCUGUAUAAGGAUCAGUUACAGCUGUGGAUUCGCGGCAAUGUGAGUGCCUGUGCGCGGUCCAUCUUCAUCUUCGACGAGAUGGACAAGAUGCACGCUGGCCUCAUCGACGCCAUCAAGCCUUUCCUAGACUACUAUGACCACCUGGAUGGGGUCUCCUAUCAGAAAGCCAUCUUCAUAUUUCUCAGCAACGCGGGAGCGGAAAGGAUCACAGACGUGGCUUUAGAUUUCUGGAGGAGUGGGAAGCAGAGGGAAGAAAUCAAGCUCAGAGACAUGGAGCACGCCUUGUCUGUGUCGGCCUUCAAUAACAAGAACAGUGGCUUCUGGCACAGCAGCUUAAUUGACCGAAAUCUCAUUGACUACUUUGUCCCCUUCCUUCCCCUGGAAUACAAACACCUGAAAAUGUGCAUCCGAGUUGAAAUGCAGUCCCGAGGCUAUGAAGUUGAUGAGGACAUUGUGACCAGAGUGGCUGAGGAGAUGACAUUUUUCCCCAAAGAGGAGAGAGUUUUCUCUGACAAAGGCUGCAAAACUGUUUUCACCAAGUUGGAUUAUUACUACGACGACUGACGGCGUGGCAGCCGCUGCCUGACACCCGGCCUCUCCGCGCACCUCCCCGCGCUUCCCCGGGACGGGAGUCCAGUGAAUUUUCCCCGCUGGAGCGGACCAGCGUUUCCUGGGCGGUGUGCCCAUUCGGCCGGGCCUGCAGGCCGUCACCUUGUGGACGUGGCCUCAGAAGGAAGGGCCCCAGGAGCCUUCCUGAAGGAAGUAGCUGCUCUCAGCCCACUGGGAUCAGGGCUCAUGAUUUUUUAAAAAUCAUGUUUUAAUUUCAAGUGUUUCUGUUUCAAGGAAGGAUGAAAAAGUUACUGAAAAUGUGAUAACUUUAUUUAAAAUGGUUUUUAACAUUAUGAAAA